UAGAGCAAAAGCAAGAAAGAUUUAGAGCACCGACAGGAAGUAAAGGAAGCAACAGCAGGAAUGGAGGAAGGCUGGAGCGUUGGAAGUCAGGACUCAAAGAUGGUGUGCAAAUGGAGUGUUCAAUGUAAUGUUAUCGUUUUUAAUUGACUAAGAGUGUAAAUUUGCCAAAUACAAUCUAUCGAGCCUGCCUCAGUCUUCUCAAUUGGUGUCGCUGCCUCCACACAGGAUGAAGAUACCAUGGCCUCGGGAGUUUGAAGACGGAGAUGUAAGGAGCUUCUUGAAGGAGUUCGAGGCUGUGGCGGAGCUGGUCGGAGUCAAGGAACGGAAGGCGAAGGCGGUGGUGCUGGGGACUCUACUAAGAGGCAGGGCGAGAGCGGUGUACGAUAGUGUGGAGGACGCUGACUGGAAGGCGGUGACGGAAAGGCUGCUGUUGGAGUUCGACAGCCCGGCGGAUAGGCAGGACGCGCUGCAGAAGUUCCGAGAGGCGCGGCUGUCGGUGGACGGCGACCCACUCGUGCUGGCCGUGGAGUUGACAAGAUUGCUGCGCCGGGGUCUGCCGAAUUUGGAUGAGGAGUCGCAGGCACAGCUGCUAGCCUCGCAAUUCAUUGAAAGUGUGCCUGCAGAGAUUGGCCAACAGUUGAGACUGGUGAACGCGGCACAACCAAUGGACGUCACCGAGCUGGCGAAAGUAACAAGACAACUGAUGAACUCAACAGUCGCCUCGGUGGCGUGUGAGAGACAGGCUGAUGAUGUCGUGAAGAAGAUAGAAGAAUUACAACGAGAGGUGGCAGCGUUACGAAUAAAGGGUGAAAGAAAUAAUAAAUGCUACAUUUGCGGAGGAACCGGACAUUGGAAGAGGAAUUGCCCAACAAGACGAAGACGUAAAUAUUUUAGACCAUACACAAGUUGUUCUUUAUGUCUUUCGAAACUGGGGGUUUCGGCAUUAGUAGAUAAGGGGGCGGUCUAUGCGAGAGUAGGGAUAAACGAGCGAGAGGUAGUUUGCCUGAUUGAUACAGGGGCGGCAGUUUCGUUAAUAGACAAAGAGCGG